GUCACUUGAGGCGUUAUGUCCCCGACAACAUUCAACUAGCAUCUGGUCGAUACACAUCCCACUCUCGGAACUUGGGGAGCGUUUGCUGGGUAAGCUUUUUUGGCCGUUAGUGUGAAUAUGGGUUGGGCUAUUUUUGAUUUUGGUCGGUAUCGGGCGUGUGGGCAGUCUAAUCUUUUCUCUCUUUUGCGUGUUUCUUGCUUUUCGACUCACUGUCUGCUUUUUCUUGCGGUUCUGUCAUCUCUGCUUCGGCGGUAUUAUUAUGACUGUAUGACAUAAAUGAGAGCGUAGUCUUAAUCGUUCGAUCAAACCCA